CGUGGAAAAUGCUCAAAAGCUUCUUAUCUUUGAAAAACAUACCUAUAGAAACUUCUCAAAACUGAGAAUUGACAAACGUAAGCUUUCAAAAACGUUUUUGUUGCAACAGAAUGGAGUACGACACUGCUCCUACUCGGCAUCAAGGAAAAAUCUGUAUAUUAGCAAAAAUACAAAGGUUAUCUGUCAGGGUUUUACAGGGAAACAGGGCACCUUUCACAGCCAGCAGGCGUUGGACUAUGGCACCAGUCUAGUUGGAGGAACUUCUCCAGGGAAAGGGGGAAAAACUCAUCUGGGUCUGCCUGUGUUUAAUUCUGUGAAGGAGGCCAAAGAACAAACAGGCGCUUCUGCCACUGUUAUAUAUGUACCUCCUCCGUUUGCUGCUGCUGCGAUCAAUGAAGCAAUCGAUGCAGAAAUGCCCUUAGUUGUAUGCAUUACUGAAGGUAUUCCCCAGCAGGACAUGGUUCGGGUUAAACACAGACUGCUUCGGCAGGAUAAGACUCGACUAGUGGGCCCGAACUGCCCUGGAGUCAUCAAUCCUGGAGAAUGUAAAAUUGGUAUCAUGCCUGGUCACAUUCACAAGAAGGGAAGAAUUGGUAUUGUGUCAAGAUCUGGAACCCUGACAUACGAAGCUGUUCAUCAGACAACACAAGUUGGAUUGGGGCAGUCUUUGUGCAUUGGGAUUGGAGGUGAU